AUGGAAUUUAAACCUGUAACUCAUGUACUCUUUGAUAUGGAUGGGCUUAUACUUAAUACUGAGAAGUUGUACACAAUAGCGUUUCAGAAUGUAGUAUCACGGUUUGGAAAAGAAUAUACUUUUGAAUUGAAAUUAAAGCUUAUGGGUACUCAAGCGCAUGAGGCUGCACAAACUCUAAUUGAAGCCCUCAAUUUGCCAAUGACAGUUGAAGAGUUUAUUACUGAAACUAAGGAACAGUUCCAAAUAUUGUUUCCUGAUACAGAUUUAAUGCCAGGUGCUAAGAGGUUAAUAGAACACUUCCAUAAACAUAAAAUUCCAAUUGGAUUAGCCACCAGUUCUAGUGAAGAAAGCUACCAUUUGAAAGUAGAUAAGCAUCAUGCAUCCCUAUUCUCUUUGUUUCCACACAAAACUUUUGGCUCUUCUGAUCCAGAUGUAAAGAGAGGAAAGCCUCAUCCUGAUAUAUUUUUAGUGGCAGCAUCUAAAUUUCCAGACAGGCCUAAACCUGAGCAGUGCUUAGUGUUUGAAGAUGCCAUUAAUGGAGUGAAAGCUGCAAGAGCUGCAGGUAUGCAGGUUGUUAUGGUACCUGAUCCUCAAAUGGAUAAAAGUCUAACCACCGAGGCUACUUUAGUAAUUUCAAGUUUAGAGGAAUUUCAACCACAGCUUUUUGGAUUACCUCCAUUUGAUGGCAAUUAG